AUGGGAAACUCCUGCAGUGGGUGCUGCGGUGACAGUGAGGAUCCCCUGCAGAUAUCUCUAGAGUCACUGGAUGGGACGAAUGAGGCGCUCGUACAACUGUUCAAACCAGAGAUGGAGGACCUUCUGCACGAAGGGCUCUCAGUCGGACUGAUCCUCCAGGACAAGUCUCGCUUGGACUGCAAGGUGAAACUGACCGCAAAUAACAGUGCUCUCGAGCUUUCUUGUGACAGGAAGAGCCGUGUUGUGGAGCUGAGCUCCGUGAAGAACGUCUUGUACACGUCUGAGCAGUUGAAAAGAGUUGACUGCUCUGCAGGCAUCGCACCUGGAGACUUCUGCGUGGCCAUUCAUCUGUGUUCAACUGGAAACUGCAUCCCCCUGUUUUUCCCCUCAGUCAGAGAGAAAAACCUUUUCAUUAUUACACUGGCGAAAGUACGUAGUGGGGGCCCAGAAGGACUCAACGCGUGA